AUGCCAGAAAUUCUUGCUAGGAUUUUCAAGAUCAAACUUGAAUCAUUUAUGGAUGACUUAACUAAGAAACACCUACUUGGAAAGACUGUUUCAGCAAUGAACACCAUUGAGUUUCAGAAACGUGGUCUACCGCACUCCCACAUCGUUUUAUUUUUGCAUCCUGAUUCCAAACUUCCAAUUACAGACGACAUUGACAAAAUUAUUUCUGCUGAGAUUCCGAGCAAAACUGAUGUACCUGAGCUAUACGAGAUCAUUAAAGACAUGAUGAUUCAUGGUCCAUGUGGGACUGCUAAUAUGAAUUCACCAUGCAUGGAAAAUGGUAUUUGCUCAAAGCCGUAUCCCAAAUCAUUUGUUUUGAAGACUACUGUUAACAAAGAAGGGUUUCCGGUUUAUAGAAGGCGUAACACAUCUGAAAGUAUUGAACUGAAGAAUGGUUUCAAAGCUGAUAAUCGAUGGGUCAUUCCAUAUAACAAGCAACUAUCUGUUCGCUACAAGGCUCACAUCAACGUAGAGUGGUGCAAUCAAACUGGUUCGAUUAAAUACUUAUUUAAGUAUAUUAACAAAGGAAGUGACCGAGUUACAGUUUCUGUAGAACCAGCUGAUACGGUUGUACAGAAUGAGUUUAGCGAAAAGAGUGUGGAACCGAAAAACGAAAUUAAAAAUUUCUUCGACUGCAGAUAUGUUUCAGCGAGCGAAGCUGGUUUGAGAAAUUUCCAGUUCCCUCUUCAUUUUCGGUCAACAGCUGUUGAGAAGCUCAAUUUCCAUCUUCCAAGUAAACAGCAUAUCAUUUUCAAGGGAAAAGAUAAGAUGGAAGUUGUUGUCAGUCGUAAGCUAAUCGAGAAUACCAUAUUCUUGGCAUGGUUCGAGCUGAAUAAGAUAGAUUCGUUUGCGCGAACAUUAACUUACGUCCAAAUUCCCAACUACUAUACGUACAACAAAAAGGAGAAGAAAUUCAAAAGACGAAAGAGGGGAUUUAGCAUUGGCAGGAUAAACUAUGCUCCACGUAACCAAAAAGAUUCCUACUAUCUGCGAGUGUUGUUAAACGUUGUGAAAGGCCCUACCAGUUACGAGGACAUUAAAACUUAUGAAGGCGUUCUAUAUCCUGGAUACAAAGAAGAAUGUUUUGCUCGUGGAUUGUUAGAUGAUGAUCAGGAUUUAGUUAUGCCAGAGACAGAAUGGGAACAAACUUGGCAAUAUUUGUCCGAGGAUAUUGAGUAUAAUCGUAGGAAAAUUCUAAACAGGCCAGAACUUUCUUUAAGUGAUGAGGAGAAAAGGAAGUUUGUACUACAAGAGGUUGAUAGACAGUUGAAGCGUUUAGGGACUUCUCUUGCUAGAUUCACUUCUAUGCCACAACCUUCAGAAACAGACACCAAUGAUUCCAACGUCUUUAUAGUCGACGAGUGCAGUUACCCCCACGAAGCAUUGUUAGAAACUCUUCGUAUUGAUAUUCCCAAGAUGACAGCUGAACAGAGGAAUUUUUUUGAUGAAAUACUUGAUGCUGUGACAAAGAAAACAGGGGGUGAAUUUUUUGUUUAUGGCUUUGGUGGUACCGGUAAAACUUUCCUAUGGAAAUUACUUUCCGCAGCAAUCAGAAGUAGAGGAGAUAUUGUUCUUAAUGUUGCAUCAAGUGGAAUUGCUUCUUUGCUUUUAUCAGGCGGUAUGUGA